UCCAUGCCCAACGAGUCAAGACUUGUCAGAUAGACACCGUGUGUCACAGUCUAUGCUGACAAACUUGGUGGACAUCUUGAGCUUUAGGCUUUCGAUGCUGCUAGAGUUCUAGUAAUUCGUGUCUCAUCUAUCUACCUGUGAAAAUUUAAAGUUGUUGGUUCUUGUUACUAUUAUUUUUAGGAUAUUUCCGUUGGCAAGAGCCUGGGUCUUCGGAAAAUUCCGAUUUCAUAGAUUCAUCGAAGAUAUCUAAUUCCUCUGAGCAACAGUAAGUCCGUGCUUAAUUCAACUGUUCAAAAAUCCAUUCUGCUCAGCACAAAACCAAUGGAUUAACAAACGUUCACAGUCACAUCUAACACAUACGAUGAGGAUUGCUUUGUCUCUGACUAUCUUUGGCAUCUGUAUCAUAUUGGCGCAUGCAAGCAAAACAGCAUGCAGGAUCUCUAUUGAUGAGCUGACAAAGAACACCAGCCUGACGUGUUAUUUUCCAGAGGACCUCAAGGAGACAGAAAAAAAUUUUGAUCUGUUUCUCUACAACAACAGUUAUAAGGGUGAGCGUGUUGUAAACUGUCUCUGGAUUUCUGGCAUGCCGAAGUGCUACAAUCAUAGUGGCUACAUCACUGACGGGUAUGCAACAAGGGAAGUUAAAAUUCAAAUACCCAGCCUGACGAAGAACGAAAUAAGGUAUGCAUGCCAUUACACAGAUUCAACGAAAGAGGAAGAAGGCUUUUGUCAGUCGUCAGUGGGAGAAACGACAUGCGAUGUUCGUUCAUUGAAUCUGACGUCUGCAAGUGAAGUUACUUGUUACUUUCCUGAGGACAUCAGUCAGUCAAAGAAAACCUUCCACGUUUUUCACGUGGACAGUCGUGACAAACCAGAUGCGGUGGUAAGCUGCUUUUGGGUGUCUGAAAACCUUCGGUGCGACAUACACCUAGGGUAUGAAUACAACAAAAUAGUCACCAAUGUGACUGCAAUUCGAAUACCCCAUGUGACUAAAAACGAAACAGGGAAGUACAUUUGCCAAAUUGAAGGGUCAAGUCUUGACAGUCUCAGUUUUUGUGAGCUUCUUCUGCUGCCAGUAACGAAGACGAUGUGUGUUGUUCCCUCCGUGAAGAAGACGAAAACGGCAAACUUGACCUGCUAUUUUCCUGAAGACAUCAGCAAGUCGAAGAAACGCUUCACUGUUUUUCAUGACCAUGGCAACUUCAAAAAGGAUCGUGUGCCAGUGGUAGACUGCUACUGGAAGGAUGAAAAAUGGCUCUGUAAAAAUCUAUCGGACUACAGUAAAAUUACAAGUGCCACCAGUCAAGUGACUGUCAGUAUCCACAAUGUGACAGAAGAGAAAGCAGGAAUCUAUACGUGUUCACUGGAAGGAUCACAAGUAGAUGAUCGCAAAUCCUGUGAACUGUCUAUAGCACUAGAGAAGACAUGUGAUAUCCGUCCAUUGCAAACAACUGAAAAUGAACUGACCUGUCAUUUCCCCGAGGAUGUUGGAGAGUCAAGGAAAGAUUUUAAUGUGUAUCAUUUAGACGACCAUGAUAAUCUAGAGCCUGUUGUUCGCUGUAUGUGGUACGACGGAUCUCUGCAAUGUCUACCCAAAGAUGGUUACGGUGCAAGUCAGACAGCAUCUGAAAAGUUUGUGGUCACGAUCCAUAGAAAGCCUGCGUCCGGAAGUUAUUUGUGCGAAAUAAGUGGAUCUCCCCCAGACGAAGCAUCGCUGUGUAGCUUAACGCAGAAAGGAAAAGAGGCGUGCCCCACAACGGGUAAAAUUUUUGCUAUUAUCCUUGGAGUCUUUCUUGGUAUUGUGAUUGUUUGUUGGAUAGUCACAUGUUGUAUAAAACAAAAGCGGUGCACUUGUCAACGGAAAAAGAAAAAAAACAGACGCAUGGAAACCGAAGAGGGUCUUCAACCUUCCGAUGAGCAAGGAACAGAAACCAUAGCUUUAAACGAGUUGGGUGGCAAAGUAACCGAAGAAGGAGCUCGAAGGAAUCGUAGUCAUCUACAUGGCAUGGGAACCGAAGAGGGAGCUCCAUGGAUUCGACCUACGAAUAGGCCCAGACCAGAAGAACGGCCGAGACACGAUGAACAAAACGACGAAUAAAUAUGAAAGGUGUUCAAGUUGACUCAACAUUUAUGGCAGCAGAUAAGGAAGUAGCCACGGGGUUUGUUGCGACGAAUUGCCAAGAAUUUUAAAAAGAGACAUAAAGCUUUUGAUGCAGUGCAUGUUUGAAUAGAUAGAAAACUGAAGUGGAUAUAUUAUGCUUGAUGAAUAAUAUCUGAUUUGAUGUAGAGGCUGGAAAGGAACUGUUUAUUCCAAUAUAUUAUGAUAUAUUAUCUACUUUUUAUAUUCUUUCUUUUCUUAAAUCUAUAAGUGCUAAAACUAUGACGCAUUGUCUAUUUGCACUAGCUACCUAAAUGUGAUUCUCUUGAUUUUUUUCUAAUCUUUAGAAAAGGUCAUGAUUCAUUUUCUCUUAGGGGAGAAAAAUCAGAAUCAAGAAAUCAAGCGUAUUCUGAUGUGUGAUAUCUUCUCCUUUCUAUCAACAUUGAGACUUGAACAGCUAAUAAGAAUUGAGCAAAAUGACAGCAAAGUACUGAUUCUUUUAAUGGGUUAUCCAACAUUUAGAAACAUUAAAAAAAAGUUUAAAGCACAAUAUGCCAAUACUACUACUUAAAGACCCCAUAAACUUGUUAUAGGACGUGAUUGACGCAAGUAACAAUUGUGCAACAGGUUCUACCAAAAGCCUCUGAUGAUUUUAUAUAUGAAAAAAUAUGCAUGUAAACGCAUAAAGGACAAUAAGAGUAUAGCUAGAGAUAGAAGGGUGGGUCACGCGGGGUCAGAAACCUUUGAUUGCUCACAGAGAUCUUCCAUUCAAUGUAAAUACCCAUCACUAAUAAUGAAAAAAGCAUAUGAACCAUAUGUUACUAGUCAAAAAUCCCUGUAAAAUUGAAGAACCCUAAUUUUUUUACCUGUUUUAAUUUCCACCUCACCUUUGUUUUAUAGUUAAGUAGUGAUUUACUUUCAUUUCCUUAGAUCAUGAUUUUUGAUACAGCAAAGCUUAAAGAAAAGAGAACGUGGCUGCACACAAAGUGGUGGUGAGUAGAGAAAUCAAGCAUGUAUUACAGGUCACAUGGCUUCAAGCCAGAUGGACAUAUUUAUGAAAACGUGGGAAAGUAUUAAAUAUGUGCUUAAUGUCUUAAAUGAAUCUGACUUGAUUGUCUAUGAUACACUGAAGAUUGUAUCUAGUAACCCUUUGUAAACUGCACUCGGCAUGCCCUUAGGGAACGUAGCUAAUGGAGGUAUUGUAGACAGUUGGACAGGGGUUGAAACUGUUGAUUGUCUCGUCGUAGCACAAAUGCACACGACUAUGGUCACGCGGGUUCUUUCAAACAAAACACAGAAACCUGAUAUAAAAAUGCAGCUUUAAUGUACACGACACAAAAAUAAUCCUUCAAUCCACUUUUAAAUAUCAGUGCAGUCCUAUAUAAUGCAUUAAGUGCAUUAAGCGCUUUCAUGUCAUUUUGAAAAACGCGUUAAAAAGAUUUCCUGCAAGUGCAAUACUGAGAGAAUAACAUUUUCCCCGAAAAUCAUACCUCUUAAAAAGAAAGUUAGUAAGUAGUCGUAGUAAGUAGUUUGUUAAGAUUGUACAUUCAUGACUGUUCUUCGUUGUUUAUCUGUAACUUUUUUUCGUUCUAAUAUGAUUUUUGCUAUUUUAUUAUGUGCAUUUAAGCUUUGCUAUCCACUGCCAGAUUUAAUGGCUUCAUGCUUUUGGACAGUUACUACUUUACGCAGUUACUUUAUUUCUUGUUUAAAGAAAUAGUAAGACAGUGUCGAUUAUUACAUCGCACAAGACAAGCAGCAAAGUUGAAGGAAAUAAUUGACAACUGCCAGCACACGCUGAACAAGCUAAAUCCUAUAGCCAUGCCCUGAGCUUAAAACUUUCAUAUUUCUACUUUUAUAUGCUUAUUUAGCUCUGUAUGUAUUUAGCAGGUAUAUAUCUAAGCUAUAAAUAAUAUCUUAAUAUACUUUUGCAUUUGUAAAAUGUUGGUGUUUCUGUUGCUAGAACUGUCAGUAGUCGUAUCACUGUAAUGA